UUUAACUGCCGGUUGACGCACGACCUUUUCAAUUUCUCUUCUCUCUCUCUCUCUCUCUAUAUAACAACACACAGAUCAAAUCUCCCAUUACAUCAAUCUUUGCUUUUCUCUCUACGGAAUUUUUACAAACACUUACAAUGCAACAAGCAAUUCCUUACAAAUCAUGGCUCCCCAUCUACGCCAACGCCGCACUUAACCCAUCCCCGGUGACCGACGGCCACCCUUUGUUCCAUAAACCCUCCUCGAAUAAGAUCGACGUGAGCAACAUGGUUUCGGAGAAUGCAGUGAUAGUGUUUGCCAGGCGUGGGUGUUGCAUGGGUCAAGUUAUGAGGAGGUUGCUGCUGGGUCACGGCGUCAACCCGGCGUUGUACGAGAUUGAUGAGGAAGACGAGGUGGGUGUUUUGCGUGAGCUGGAGAGAAUUACUGGUGGGGGAAAUAAAAGUGAACUGAAGAAGGUGCAAUUCCCGGUUGUGUUUAUUGGGGGGAGUUUAUUUGGAGGAUUGGAUAAGGUGAUGGCGGCUCAUAUAACUGGAGAUUUGGUUCCUGUUUGAAAAAAGCUGGAGCCUUGUGGCUCUGAUUCUUGUCAAUUUAACUUUACUUUUCAAUGGAGGGCUCUUUUGAUGAUUUUAACAUCUGGGUAAAGUUUGUAAUGAGGGAGGAGAUGGAAGAUCAUUUUUUGGUUAAUUUUCCUUUUUUUCUUUCUUUUUAAUUACAACAUUUGGGACUGUAAUUUCGCUCCACAGAUCAAGAAAAAGAAAUUACAGAGUCGCUGACUCUUCAUCUUC